AUGGCAAUCGGCUAUAUAUAUGCAUUGAGGUCUUUAAAUUAUUCGAUACCUAACGUUUCACCAUAUGCCAUAUCAAGUCUUUCGCAAAACAAAUCAUCUUUUCCUGAAUUUAUGACUGUAACGAAAGAUGAAAGAUUUAACACAGGCGUCAUCUUAAAUCUUGCAGGAGUUUUCGGCUGGAAACAUUUUAUUAUCAUCUACGACGAAGAUAAUUUAGGGACUUAUAAUUAUUUUGUGGAAAAAAUCGCAAAAAAUAAUAUGAAAAUUGCAAAUAGUCCUGAUCUUCGAACUAUGGACAUGUUUUACACUAAAGAUGAGUAUCCUAAAUGAAAAAACUGAUUUGCUAACUCCCCAUAAAAUGUCGUAAAAUUAGCUCCCUUUAAAUUUAGAUUAAUCUUUAUUUUUCAAUUGAAUAUAUUAAAAUUCUAAAUUCUAUUUAAUACCUUUGCUAGAUUGACGGAGAGAGUUCAAAUAGAAAUCUACUAAACAGUUAGCAUGCUAAUAUGAUAAUAUUUUGAGCCAAUUCUUCAUAAAAAUAGAUUAAAAUUCAAAAAAUUGCAUUAAAAUUUGAAUAUUAUAAUUAAUUGUUGCUUUCAGACAAAAAUAAACUCUUUUUAAAACUAGAACGGUUUUUUGUUCCAAGCUAAAAGCGGGUAGUAAAAUAAUUAGCUUAAAAGUGAGACUUUUUGUUAUCUUUUUAACUCCUCCCUUUUGGUUUUAUAUAGUUGAAAGUUUUUAUGACGCAGGAUUAAGGAGGGGCGACGCUUUAUUUUUAUCUAAUGCAAGGCUCGCUUAUUCUAUUGUGUGGGAAACUGAUUUAGUUCAACAAAGAAAAAUUAUUGAGCUGCUGUAUGGUACAGUUAUAACUGCCCAAGGCGAAUGGAUUGGUGAGUAUGGACAAAAAAUAAAAAACGGGUUUAUAAAAGAAUAUGGAAAUGAGACAGAUUUUCGCUGCUUAGCAUUUGAUGCGACAAUUCUGCUUCUAAAUGGAAUAGAGUUUACUAUAAAGCAAGGCCAAAACGUGAAUGAUCACCAAGUAAUGAAUGAAAAUCUUAGAAAACAAAAAUUUUUAGGAUGCUCUGGGUCAAUAUCGAUUGAGCCGGAGGGCAAUCAGAGAAGCAUACCUACAAUUGUGAUUUUUAACUUAAAAUGAAAUGAAAAAGAGCAAUUCAUGUAUGAAGAACUUGUAGGACAAUAUGAUGCUAGUAGUUCUCAAUUGAUUACUUUUUAUUCUGAAAUUAUAUGGUAUGAUAACACUACAAUUGCACCAAGUGACUUAGUAACAUAUGAAAAUGAUUGCCCAUUUCCUGCUCGGAAUAUUUCUCAUUCUGAAAGAGGUGCUGGAAUUUUAUAUGCAAUUACUAUCUCAUUUAUUUUUAUUACAAUUAUUGAAUCUUUUUAUUUAUGGAAAAUAUUCUGAAAAGAUAUAGUGAUAGAAAAAUUAACAACACCUAUCCAUUCCCAUUUCGAAGAUUAUAUUGUAAUGGGGAUUAUAGUUAUAGAUUUGUUUCAAUUUAUUUCUCAAGGGCCAGAUAUAAGUGGAUUAUUUCCUUGGCUUUCCUGGUUAAGUAAUUAUUCACUACCCAAUUUCAUAAUUUUUAAGUAACUUGCUUUAAUGUUUUAAUAUAAUUUUUCUUCCAAUUUUAAGAGGAAUCAGUAAUUCAUUUUGACUCUAAUGUUUCAGGUGAUGCUUAUUGAGACUACUUAUAUUUAGCAUUGAUUAUUUCUUGCUACUGUGUUGCUUCAGCAUUUUUAUUAGCUUUCAAAACAUUUAAGAUACUGAAUUAUGCAAGAGAUCUUUCAAUGAUUAUGCUGCCAAUAAUAGGAAAUAUGAUGUUUGUACCUAUGAUUUCAAUAAUAUUAAGUAUUUUUGAAUGUGACAAAGGAAUUGGUCCAAACGUUUCUGAUUCUUUUAUUAAGCAUGACUGUGCAACUUAUUGCUGGGGCGAUAAAUAUCUUAUAUGAGGAGUUUUCUCAAUAAUUUCCUUAAUUGCUUAUAUUCCUCUUUCUCUUUAUUUUAGAAUUUAUUAUGAGAAUACCAAUGAUUACAUUAAUAUAAAAGCAAAACCUCUUUUUACCAUAGAAAAAACGAUUAUCCAGCUUCUCAUUGUUGUGUUAACUAAAACUUCAAAACCCUAUGAUGAGUCUUUGCAUGGCCUUUUCUGCAUCAUCAUUUUGGUAUUAAUACUGUUUUUAUGCUUUAAGCAAAGCCCUUACAAUUAUCACCGAGUCAAUCUUUGGUUGACUAUCUCAUAUAUAGCUAUUUUAUGGAAUUAUAUUUUGUCAUCUCUUUAUUGAUUAGCACGUUUUGACUCUCCAAUCUUAUGGCUUAUGCUUCAAUUCUUAGUGUGGUGUAUCUUAGUAGCAGUUGGUAUUACCAUUCAGUGCAAGUUUUUUCCAAGCUUAUUAAUUGCUGAUAAAGUCGUCGAUAUCACCAUGUUUUUCAAAUUUUCAAUGGGAAAUCAAAUUAGCGCUAUGGAACUAGCAAAGCUUAAAGGAAAAAUUAUAGAAAACAAAGACAAAGUUCCGAAUUUUGGGAAUCUAUCAAAUUCAUCUCAAGAUCAUAUUUUUAAUAAUAACUAUUAA